AAAACUCAGGAAAACCAGAUUAGACAAAGAAGGUUUGAUAAACUUUCUAAAAGAAAAACCAGAGAGCUGGGGGAGGAAAGAUGGCAACGAUGGGAAGAAAUGAGAGGAGACGACGAAUCAUGGAGAGAGGAUCAGAUCGAUUGGCUCUCAUCACCGGUGAGCUCAAGAAUCUCGAACGAACAUCCUCAAUGCCGUCGGCUGUCCCUUCGUUAUCCUUCAAUGAACGUUCAGGGGGGCUAGAGAUUGGAUCUGAUGACUCUGGUUCCAAAACACCAACAAAGGAAGCAAUCGUCACCAAGCAGAUUCCAAAGGCGGAGAAACUAGAUUCAUCACAUAUCUCCAGAUCCGUGACAUCUCCAGAUGUUGGUAACUUAACACCGAAGCCACAGACUGCAAUAACAGCAAUAGGGCCAUCAAAUAAAAAACCACCAUCAUCGUCGUCAAAGCCAAAGCAGACAAUUUUUUUCUCUUCCAGGCGCCUGAACGCCUGCAUCAUAGCUUCUGAGGUCACCCGAGCGAAAUGUUCCUUUGUUAUAUCCGUUCUCGUGCUGUUUUUCCACUUUGCACGCUCAUGGAUCAAAAUCGACGAGCUCACCGAGAGAUACAGGCCUAUAUACUUGAUCGCCUUGACCAGUGUAACGAUUGUGUUGCUUCGGAUGAUCCAGGGGAAGGGAAUGGUUGUAGAAGAUGCACAAGAAGAGAAAGCUGGAGAUAGCUCAGAGGAUAAGAGCUGGAGAGACGCGUUCAUGGUGCUGGAACGAGGUCUUACGGCCUACCAAGCAAUUAGAGGCUUGUUCAUCGACUGCAGUAUUUACUUGAUUGUUGUCAUCUGUGGCCUCUCUUUGGCGUAACAGCGUUUGCUGGCCACAAGAAGAAGAAAGCUUUUCCUUUUCUCAGUAAUUUUUUUGUGGAACCCUAAAAGGUUACUCAUAUCCAUUGUAAUGAGAUGCUAAAUAAUCCUUUUAAGGACAUCACAUGAACAAGAACAAUACAGGGAAAGAGCAGAA